ACGUUGUCUGUCCCCUGCCCUUCCACUCCGCUGCUGGCAUGCUGCUGUUUCUCAACACUGAACAAUGGCACACGUAUCUUCCCUCCAUCUCCAUCUCUCUGCGCAUACUGGCAAAGCUGCUCCUUCUAAGCCACCCAAGUUUUCCAAGAGAAUCAACAAAGCCAGCAAGUCAAUUUCUUCUCCUAAGAAACGUCCUUUCAGUCACUUGCACAAAGCCCAGAAAUUGAAUUUGGAGGUUUCCCCUCAUAGAGCUGUAUCUGCAGUGCGGCUGAUGAGAAUAGAGAUGGGUGGUGCUUUUGCUGAUCUCUUGAAUGAGAAAGGGAAAGGAUCUGGUGAUAAUGAAAUGGCAUAUGUUGAAAGAACUCUUGGUUUUCGAACCAAGGAUUUGGAAGAUCGUGAUCUUAGAUUGGUCACAGAAAUUGUUGGAGGCACUGUUCGAUGGAGGAGAUAUCUUGAUCAUUUAAUUUGCUCAUUGUGCCAUGAUGAGAACACAUUUAGGAGCAUGGAACCUCUCCUCUUGCAGAUCCUCCGAAUGGGUUUUUACGAGAUUGUCAAGCUAGACAUGCCGCCAUAUGCUGUUGUAGAUGAGAAUGUGCACCUUGCAAAAGUUGCACUAAGGCCUGGCGCUGGUAACAUGGUCAAUGGAAUUCUGCGGAAGCUAGUGUUGCUUAAGGAAAAUAACUCUCUUCCACUCCCUGAGUUGGAUGGUGAUGAUCGCUCACAAGCACGUGCUCUUGCCACUCUUUAUUCUCACCCUGUGUGGAUGGUGAGGCGCUGGACAAAGUACCUUGGGCAAGAAGAAGCAAUUAGAUUGAUGAUGUGGAACAAUAGCGACCCCAGUUUCAGUUUGAGGGCAAACAGUGGGAAAGGUGUGACAAGAGAUGACCUUGUGAUGCGGCUGAAUUCUUUGAAGGUUCCCUAUGAGCUUUCUUUGCAUUUGGAUCAUUUUGUUCGCAUCAAAAUAGGAUUGCAGAUUGUCAUACGAGAUGGAUUACUGAAACAAGGUCUUUGUUCAGUUCAGGAUGAGAGUGCAGGUUUGGUAGUUUCUGUUGUGAAUCCACAACCAGGUGAAAGUAUUGUUGAUUGUUGUGCUGCUCCUGGAGGGAAGACGCUGUACAUGGCAUCCCUAAUGGAUGGGCAAGGCAUGGUUUAUGCAAUUGACAUAAAUAAAGGCCGGUUGAGAAUCCUUCGAGAGACAGCCAAGUUGCACCAAGUUGAUGCAGUCAUCACGACUGUCCCUUCUGACCUUCGAGUCUUUGCUGAAAAAUGUCCAAUGAAGUCUGAUAAAGUACUGUUGGAUGCUCCUUGUUCUGGACUUGGUGUUCUCUCCAAGAGAGCGGACUUGCGUUGGAAUAGAAGAUUGGAGGAUCUGGAAGAACUCAAACGUCUACAGGAUGAGCUUCUUGAUGCAGCUUCUAAAUUGGUAAAACCUGGUGGAAUUUUAGUAUAUAGUACCUGUUCAAUAGAUCAUGAAGAGAAUGAAGGGAGGGUGGACGCAUUUCUUCUCAGGCAUCCCGAAUUUCAAAUAGAUCCUGUCGACAUAUAUGUGCCAUCUGAUUUUGUGACAGAACGUGGUUUCUUUUCCUCUAACCCAGUAAAACAUUCAAUUGAUGGGGCGUUUGCAGCUCGUCUAAUUAGGGCCUUAUGAAAAGUAGUAACUUGUGCACAUAAUUCUCUUGAAAGCCACAGUUAUAUGGUUUCUGGAUGCCUUUUCUAAUCAUUAGUUCUUGCCAAAGACACUAAAGGAUGCAAAUACAGAAACGGUAUGUACUUGCAGUAGAUUUUUUCUUUGAUGUUCAAAGUCACAUUCUGAUCUCCCCCACAAAACAUGCCCUUUUGAUUUAGUAGAUUGACAGUAUUGAAUUGUCUAGUUUUUUAUUAGAUGCUGAACUACAGAUUCUGGCUGGAAGUUGUUUCCUGAAGCUGUCAUUUAGAGAAAUCUCACAUGACUAUCUUGAUAAGAGGUCGUUCGAUCCUUUACCUGGUUGACAGAAUUGUUCAUUCCUUUACCCGGUCGACAGAAUUCUUCAAUGUUGUCGUGUCCAUUGCGAAUCCAUAGACACAAAACUUGUCAUCGAGGUCGUGUUCAUGUAAAUAACCAAUGGAAGACUAUACAAGGAGCUUGUUGCAAUCUCUGCCUUCUCUCAGUUUGACUACACAAGCAUUUUUGUUGUGCUACUGGACGAUUUGUAAUUCAUAACAUCAUUUCUUAUUUUGUGGCAUGACAGAUCUUACAUUGUACCUUUCUUGAAUUUGGAAGUAAAAUGAACAGUUUAAAUUA